AUGGCUUCUCCUUCGAGUUCUUCCGGUCAGCGGGUGAUGGCUAGCGAGAGUAUCCACGCUAUGACGCCAGACGAAGCAGCAGCCUUUGCCCGUCGCGGACUCGGAACGGGUUCGCGACGUCCCCAGCGGAUGAUGACCAGGGAGGAAGCUGUUGCCCGUCACAGAGCUGGCCGUCGUGGCUACCGAUACCAGCGUGACGGUCCUAAUCGUUCUGUCGACGACCGCCCAGACUUGUUCGAUCCUACCCCUCCUUCACUUCAUCGAAACGAUAGCCAUCAGUCUGUCGGUAGAUUUUCGCCGCACUCGAUUCCUAACACUGAAAACAGAUACGAGUCUAUCCUGCUUGGUCCCGACAAAAACAAAAUUGAUGUCGAGAUUGACACCCGUAUUCCCAACGCUGCCAUCUUCACUUUCCACAAGGAGGACCACACCUUGGGCAACAUGCUGCGCAGUCGUCUGUUGAAGACCAAGCACGUCGUCUUCGCUGCCUACCGGGUCCCUCACCCUUUGACCCCCAACUUCCUGCUCCGUGUGCAGACCGAUGGCGAGAUCACCCCCCGCAAGGCUGUCAUUACGGCAUCUCAGGCCCUGAUCAAGGAUCUCGCUAUCCUGGCACGCGAGUUCCAAAAGGAAUACGAGCUGCGGAAGAUGGCUAACGCCGCCAACCAACAGCAGAAUGUGGAGUAA